CAAUAACAACUGCGGGUGCUCUAAUAAAUAAACUAGUAAUAGUUAUUAAGUGCUACACGUAACAUAGCGGUGCAACAAAUAAGUGGUGCGUCAUUCCAGCCGGGUUUCGACAGAAAAUCAGAGCGCAAAUCGAUUUUUGGCAAAUACAAAACAAAUACACAAAAUCAACGUUUCAAUUUGGAAGAAAUUGGACACACGUGAAUCUCCUACUCCACGCGCACAACAGAGAACAGUGAACGCCUCCUCCGAUCCACCCACAAGUGUUUUUACAGAAAUCGUUCAAAACUGCCGCUCCACAACAUUCGCUGCGAUGGCCACCUCAUCGAUACUCGCCAACACCAACACAAUUAACACAUCACAGGCAGCUACCUCUCCGCCGGCCACGCCCCUGAUCACCUCGACACUGACCACACGGAAACGAACCUACGAGACGGCAAUCGCCAUGCCCGCCUCUGCCUCUGUCUCCACCUCACUAUCAACGUCGCCCACCAUCAUUGUGGUGGAUGGCAAAGAUCAGCGCACAACAAGCCCCAGUCCUCGAUCGCCCGCCAAAGCCAAGUCCAAUGGCCAGCUGGAGAGUGUCGUCGUGGAUGGCGCCACAGAGCCCACCGCCUCAGCCACCACACUCAGGGACUGCACGCGCACCAUCUCACAGUGCGAACCGGACGAUGACGGUGAGGCUGCCGCCGCCGAGGACACCCUGCCCGCCGCUACGUCCACAGCGGAUUAUCUCAGCGGCGUGAAGCGUAAAUACGUGCCACAGGCACAGGCGCCUCCCGUCAUAGCUGCAUCCACAUCGCAGCAGUCCUUUAGCGGCACAUCUGAUUUUGCGACCAUUUGCAAGCCGGCCCCAUUUUCCUGCGACGAGGAGGCCAUGGUGGAGCGUGAUCGCUGUGACUACAACCAUCGUAUCACCUACCAAAUGGCCCGAUCCGGCCAGACGAAUCGUCGGGUGCGCGUCUAUGCCGAUGGCAUCUAUGAUCUGUUUCAUCAGGGCCAUGCCAGGCAGCUGAUGCAGGCCAAGAACAUCUUUCCCAACGUCUAUCUUAUUGUCGGAGUGUGCAACGACGAGCUAACGCAUCGCAUGAAGGGACGCACUGUUAUGAAUGGCUUUGAGCGGUACGAGGGUGUGCGUCAUUGUCGUUAUGUGGAUGAGAUUGUUCAGAAUGCUCCCUGGACACUGUCCGAUUCGUUUAUUGCGGACAACAAAAUAGAUUUCGUUGCCCAUGACGACAUUCCGUAUGAAACCCAAGGCAUGGACGAUAUCUACGGGCCACUGAAGGCACGCGGCAUGUUUGUGGCCACCGAACGCACUGAGGGCGUGUCCACCUCGGACAUUGUGGCGCGGAUCGUAAAGGACUACGAUUUAUAUGUGCGCCGGAAUCUGGCACGCGGCUACUCCGCCAAGGAGCUAAACGUUUCCUUCCUCUCCGAGAAGAAGUUCCGGCUGCAGAAUAAAAUGGACGAACUGAAGUCACGGGGCAAGCGGGAGCUGACCAAAGUGAAGGGCGACAUCAUCACCAAGUGGGAGGAGAAGUCGCGCGAGUUUAUCGACACGUUUCUGCUUCUCUUUGGACGCGAGCGUCUGAACCAUCUGUGGAACGAGUCAAAGGGAAAGCUGAUACAGGCCCUGAGUCCGCCCGGCAGUCCCUCAGGAUCGGUCAAUGGCGACGAACUCGAGGGCGACGAUGAUGAAACAGAGUCCAGCGAUGAGUAUUUGGAGCUGGCGGCGGACUUCAGUGGAGCGAACUGUAGUUCCUUCAUUGGCAAGCAUAAGAAGCGACCCGCCCUGGCACGUCGCAGCUACCAGGACACCUACGAGGACGAUGACGACGAUGAUGAUGAUGAUAAUGAUCAGACGGAUGAUCAGACAGAGGCCGUGGAGCAAGAAGUGGAGUUUGAGCGACGCUCUGCCAAUAGAGGCGAAUGAUUUUAGAUUUUCGGAACUAGCCUGAACUUUUUUCCCUCUCUCUUCCCAUCUCUAAAUGGGAACCGAGAGGGAAAACGUCCCUCCUCGCAGGCUCAUCCAGCAGCAGCCUCUACUUACACCUAGCUCUAAAUGGUAUCUGUAAUCCAAUUAGUCUUUAGAUUUCACUCGCUAUCACUCUCGGCUAUUCCUCCUCACUCUCAACCCAUUAUACCCACCCAUCAGAUCCUUUAGCUAAUUUAAGCCACAUGGAGUGAAGGCGCACAGCACGAUACACACACCCAUUCACCAAUUCCUAAAUGCCGCGACUCGCAAAAUGUAUAUGGGGCUUACAUUAUUGGAAAAACAUAGUCCAAUUCGGAAAAGACUCAUUUUUGUAUUAAGCAACUCAGCGACAGAGAUUGAGCGAGCAGCAAGCAGUAGCGAAGAACAGUAGGAGAUACCGGAAAUAUCUAGAAAUAUUUAUAUUAAAUUAUUUCGCAUACACUAUAAUUAUAAGUUAAACCACAAAGAAAAAACACCAACAUCAUAGA